CAUUGCAAGUAAAAAAACGAGUCCAAAAUGUAAAGGUGAAGGGUUGGGAAGGCAUAGUUAAGAAAAGUUAAAGGUUGACAGUGACAAGAGCAUCAUUGCAAUUUGCUCCAAAAUUGAGAACAUUUCAUUCAUUUUGACUUUAUCCAAUGGAAGAAAGGAAGCAAGAGUGGUAAAUCACCCCAGAAGCACUUUCUGAUCCAUCACUCAAGUCUCUCUUUUCUCACCAAUUAAGCUCUCCAAUGUCAAGCAGUCAAGUCCAGUCAUUUAGUGUUUUCGUGGCAACAUGGAACGUCGGAGGGAAAUCUCCUCACAGUGGCCUCAACCUCGAUGAUUUUCUUCAGGUUCGUGAUGAAUCAGAUAUAUAUGUCUUAGGUUUUCAGGAAAUUGUUCCACUGAACGCUGGAAAUGUGCUUGUGGCAGAAGACAGCGAGCCUGCCGCAAAAUGGCUGGCUUUAAUUAAUCAAUCACUGAAUAGAUCAUAUAGUGUGGCUUCAAGAAGAUCAAAAUCACCCCUUUGCAGCUCACUUCUCUUCCAAAAGCCUUCUCUUAAAAAGGUCUGCAAGUCUUUCAGGACUGAGAGUCGACGGAGGCUGAAGACUUGCAACUGCUCUCCCAUAUUGGAAAGGAAGUAUAGCAGGGAUUGCUGUGUUUGGCCCCCAUCAACAAAUAUGACCGAGGAUUACUGUUCCUCGGAAGAGGAUGAAGAUGGACUUAGCAAUCAUGUAUCUUCAGAAAUUUCCACUCCAGCUAGUGCCAACCAGAUGAAGUACAGCCUUAUAACAGGGAAACAAAUGGUCGGAAUAUUUGUUACUGUUUGGGUCAGGAAGGAGCUUGUGCAACAUGUAAGCCAUUUGAGAAUCUCUAACGUUGGCCGUGGGAUCUUAGGCUGUCUUGGGAACAAGGGGUGUAUAUCUGUUAGCAUGUCUUUCCAUCAGACUAGCUUCUGCUUUGUUUGUUGUCACUUGGCGUCGGGAGAGAAAGAAGGAGAUGAACGUAGGAGAAAUUUGGAUGUCAUAGAGAUAAUUAAGAACACACAAUUUUCAAGGAUAUGCAAAUCUCCAUGUAGUUGGAUGCCUGAGAAAAUCAUGGAACAUGAUCGGGUCAUAUGGUUAGGGGACUUGAAUUACAGGAUAGCUUUGAGCUACUCCGAGACUCGAAGGCUUCUGGAGCAGUAUAACUUGGACACACUUCUUGACAAAGAUCAGCUGAAAAUUCAGAGGGAAGCAGGGCGAGUGUUCAGAGGAUGGAAAGAGGGAGAGAUCUCCUUCGCGCCAACGUACAAAUACUCCUAUAACUCAGACAUUUACGCUGGAGAGACCAUCGAAACACAAAAGAAAAGAAGAACUCCAGCAUGGUGUGAUAGAAUACUUUGGUAUGGAGAUGGGAUUCGUCAACUAUCUUACGUACGUGGAGAGUCCAGGUUUUCCGACCACCGGCCGGUAUGCGCAAAAUUCAUGGUAGGCGUACAAGUUACUAAUAAUGAUGGAUUAAGAAAGGCAUUAUCGGGCUUUAAAAUGAGAGUUGCAAGUGAAGAGUACAUUAUCAGGCGAAUAUCUCUGAAAUCAUGUUGGCUGAAAUCAUGUUGGCGAAUAUCUCUGAAAUCAUGUUGGCGAAUAUCUCUGAAAUCAUGUUGGCAAAUAUUCUGUUGUCUUAUUCUGUCAUAUCUCCUAAUAUCAUGCUUAGCUGUAAACAUGUAAUCAUUUGUCAAUUAAGGCAUACAUUUAGGUAGUUGUGUUUGGAAGUUGCACGGAAAUAGUGCUUCUCCAUGUAUAUAUGUACUGGUUUUCUGAAUCAAUAGAUCAGACCUUCAAAUUCAAA